AUGCAUUUGAUGUGCGAGCGAUUGUCUGCGGUUUUUGCGGGCGUCUUAGUUGGUUUGUGGUACGGUAAGACCUUUUCCGAGGAGGAAAAGCCCAAGGAGAAGGGCAAGAAGAAGUAGACCUACGCUCGCAGGUCCCGCAGAAAUCAGAAAUAAGAAAGCUCGAAUUUCUUAGUAGUCGAGUCGGAAAACUUCAAGCCAGUUCAACGUCCUGUCCACGCGGCAGCCCUGACAUAGCUCAGUGUUUAUUUGGCUUUACAACCAGUAUAUCACACUUUCGACGUACACAAAAUUUAUACCGUGUUUGGUUUUUAUCCAACAUCCAUCAGCUAGCGACUUCAGUUUCGGUCUAAAUUGUGGCAAAUCCUGUCGAGCUCUCGCAGCCAUGCCCUGUUGUAA